UGAGGAUAAUACAGAUAUGAAAAGGGUCAAGAGUACCGUAGUAUGAAUGGAAGGUCGACCAACUUUGAUAAGUGGCACAUUUUCGGUACUGAUUUUAACACCCGGAAAUGGUCGGAGUUUCUCCAUGCCCAUAAGACAUAAAUCUGUUGACAGUUUUACCUGCAAUAACGCAGUCAGGAUAAAUAUCUAAAAAGUGUUAUGAAAUUUUACUUACUAACAUAUUUUCGUAAAAAUUUAUAAGUUGUUUCCUGAAGAAGACACAAAAACAUUGGCUUUGGCUGUGUGGUUAUGGCGGUUUAUGAGCUUGAAAGGCUUGUACCAGAAUCCACAACCAGGUCCAUCAUCUGCUUAUAGUUGCUACAACCCACCAGUUGGAUAUCCUCAUGAUAGUCAGAUUAGGUUUGGUCUGGAAGCUCCUGAAGCGGCUGUUGCAGCAUCUCCUCACAGUAUGAUGCAACAUUCCACACGUCCAUACCCAUACCGUCCACAGCCUAACUAUGGUUAUGUUUCAAAUGGAGAACUAGCAUUGGGAUUUGGCAACCCUUUGAGUGUGGCUUCAAGAUCUAGUCCACAGUUAUAUUCACCACUGUAUAAUUCAAAUGAAUUGUCAACAUCUAUAACUGAUGAUGACUUAAGAACAAUAAAAAUGCCAAGUGCCUCUGCAACAGCAACAAUGAACAAGUCUUAUGAAAGAAGUACCAAAGUUAUUGGCACAAAGCCAGUAUCUAAAAAUGGGGAAAGUGCAUUUAAAGACAGUUUUGUUUCUUCAUCAAGGAAAAAUCUGAAUGCCUCACUUUCCAAGGAAUUUCAUACAGAAAUGCCUGGUACAUCUCAGAUUCGAAUAAGUGGCUUAAAGAAGCCUGAAAUCAACUCUGUACCAACAAAAUUUAUCGCAGUAGAUUCAAAUAAAAUAUCAGAUUCAAAUAAAAUAUCACAGGAAGUUGUAUCAUCUACUGCAGGUUUACGAGUUCUAUCUGGCACUGUGGACAAGAUAGUGAAAUGGGAAAAAAUACUGAGCUUUGCAAACUUGUUAUUUGAAGUCUUUGGUUCAUUAGUUUCUGUUCAGCCAGGGAUGAAGUACCCUCAGAAAGUCCUUAUGCUUCGGGAGCCAACAGGGCCUAUCUUGCAGUGUAUCUUCUAUGAAAUUGACCGUAGGCUGCCAUCCUUACAGACAGGUGACUACAUAAGGUGUGUGGGGUGGUUUAUUGGAAAAACAAAGAUGCAGAUUGUGUCAGUGCGAGAGGUGACCCCUGCAGAAAGAUCCACUAUACAAAGACUUGGAUUUAUAUCUCAAAGAGCAGCUCAGAAUAUAUUUGAUAAUUACAACAAGAAUGCUCAGAAGUGAAGCUCUCAGUUGGACCCUGUCAGUGCUAAGUUCUUAAAGUGUAUCUUUUGUAAUUAUACGUUCGCUAGUCAAACAUUUUGCUUCUUCAUUGCCUUAAUGUCGUUAACAUUACAUGUUCAAGCAGAAUUAGUUUGCAUUCAAGCAUAAUUAGUAUGCUUCAUCAAGGUCAUAUUUUAAAUGAAAAAUAAUCUCUUUGCACUUUCAAAAGUGUGACCUAUAUUACAAAUUGUUAAAAAUUGAUCACUUUUCCAUAAAAUAGUUAUGGAUUUAU